AUGCCGCUCCCAGCCUCACCCAAAACAACGUCUGAGGCGGAGCGUAUCGCGACUGUCCCGCUUUCAGACGUCGAAAUGGCUCAGCCCGCCGAACUCGCACCCAUCAACGCGGCGGCCGAGGUCGAAGCCAUACCUCCUACACCGACCGGGACCUCUAUACGCCUCCCCGCAUUCCCUCCUCACGCCGUCGUCAAGACUUCUGUAUCGCCAGAGAAGAGAGAGGUCGCGCUGCCGCCUCCAUCACCAGCUGGCGAAGGCGAGGAGGCGGGUCAAGCUCGCGGUGAAGGGCUGAGGUGGAAUCCAAGGCCAAAAUUGUCCGUCGCGUCCGCGCCAGGCGUGGUGGUCAGUGGGAAGGGGGAUGGGGUGAGGUCAGGAUGGGGGAAUCUCCCGCAGAAUCUACUCCGUAUCGUACUGAGCUAUGCUGCAGCGUCGUUACCGGUACAUGUCACACUACGGAACAGAUGGCAGCGGGACGUCUUGGUAGCGCCUAUCAUCGUCGCUCUAAACAGCCGAGAAUGGCUAGCCAACAUUCGACGCGUAUCGCCAGGUUGGAGACGAGCCAUCGACCACCACCCCCAUUGGUACACUCUUAUCAAUCUCCUAUACCCAUCAUACGAUCCAGCUACCGCCGAUCCCCCUCCCAAGAACCCAAGCGCCCGGUCUGGCUCCAAAACCAUCACCAUCCGGGCCCCGACCCCUUUCCAACGCGCCAAACGGGUCUGCAGUCAGAUCUGCAUACCCUGCACGGUCGCCUAUCCGACUCACCCCCAUCCCUUUCCUGCCGCGCACCGAGAUGCGGCGAUCUGGAUUCACAGACUCGGCUGGGUCAGAAUCUGCGCAUGGCACGAUGACCAAUUCUGCCAUGCGUGUCUGCUCAGUAAUCGUCCGCCUCACGGGAACGAUCGCGGUCGGAGUGUCGGUCUCCAGCUGUCUACCGAGGGCGACAUUGACGAGGCGGACGAGUACCGGUCGAUCGAAGCGUACGUGUGCGAGCUGUGCCGCUUCAAUGCGCUCGAUUCGGCCAUUAUCCGCCAACUACGGUCUUGCGCCAGAGGGGGCGGCGUGAUUCGGGGCGACAAGAUCCAAUGGAACGGAUUCUCAGAGUAUACCGACUAUAUCGCGACCGGGAAUGAUACGGCACGGAGUACGGCUGAGGUACUGGUGGCUAUGUGGUCUCUCAUGAGUCAGACGCGAUUUACCGAUCUCACUCGAUGGGGCAGGGAACUCCAAGGCUUGGAGUUCCAAGCUCGGAUGUCGUUCUACAAUGGGCAAGGCGGCGAGACGCGUGAAGCGAGGGCACGCCGGUGGAAGUUAACAGUGCUGCUCCAGCCAUACAAGUCGAUUGACGUUGAGGUGGAUGAGGAGGUCAAGAGGAAGACGUUGUUGAACUGGGAUUGGGAAUUGAGAGCUAGGGGGAUGGAUCUCAUUGAAGAGCUCAAGGAGGAGGCAAUGAGUGAAGCAUUGAAUGCCAAGUUCAGAGAAGUCGUGAGCGACGCGGCUAUGAACCACUUUGUCGCCGCGCGGAUCAGAUCAGGAAUCUGGGUUCUGCCGUCUACCGAAGCGGAUAUCCUCUCUGCCGUCCCUCGCUUCGCCCACCCCAGAUACCCACCCGGCGACCUCUUCCCCCUCGCCCCGCUCGCUCACACCGUCGUCCACCCCUUCCCUUCCGACCCCACCAUCCUCGCGCUCCCCAAGCCAGAUGUCGACCAUCCCAAACUCACCGGUAUAUUCCGGCUCGAUCCCCCAGCACCCAUCGGCGCCCCUACCUUCGGGACCGAGUACAUCUUGCCACCGCACACGAUCGUCCAGGCGCUCGAUACCAAGUUUAUGGUCCAUCUUCGCGGGCUUCUCUGGCCUGCGAUGCGGCGGCUGAUGGCGGGGAUUGUGGAUGCAGUGGGGGAUGAUCAGACCGCAGAGACUGUAUGUGCGGGGAUGAGUGUGCGGGAGGUUUUGGAGGGAUUGAGAGGACAGCAGGUCUGGUUUACCCAGAAAGCGGCGAAUAGAAGGGAGAGGGACGAGGUUCUCAAGGCGAUGAAGGAGGCGGAAGCGGAGGCGGCUGCAACUGCUACUGUCACGGAAGCAGAGGGGCUGGACGUGGACAUUGAUGGCGAGCCCAUGCCGAUCACGGUACAUAUCCCAGCCAAGUCUGUACCGGAUUCGCCGAGGGUCGAGCUCGUCCUUGAGGAGGAGGAAGAGGAGGGACUCGCGCCCGUCUCGAGCAUCAUCGAGGUCCAUCACGAGGAGCCGGUCAUUGUCAACCCGGCGUCUACGCUCGGUAAGCGGAAGACACCGCCUGCGGACCUAGCACAGGAAGGGGAGCACGCCUCGGACCGGUCUAGGCAGGCCCGGAGAUCUCGGGAGGGCUCGGCGCCUAUCACGGGAUCGACUAUUACGACCGCCACGUCCACGUCGACCCCAGAGGACGUGGUCAUGCCUAUCACGCCGGAGGAUGUUAUCAUUGAAGCGCUACAGAACGUUCCGGACGCGCUUACGGCCGCUGAGAAACCUACCGGCGUCCGUGUCGGCUCGCCGAUCAAGGCCAAAGCGAACCUGUUGGUGGUCGAGGUGGACGGGGAGGCCCAGGCGGGCGGAGAAUGA